AUGAAUGAGCCUGAGUAUGAUGUGGUGGAUGACCAGGAGGACGUGCACAGCGUGCGCAUACUUCCUGCCAGGCCCAUGGACGAUGACAGAGAGUACGCAGACAGAGAUUUCCCAUGGUCAUCCUGCAGCCAGGACGUCUCCACUUGUAGAGACCUUCCUAGAUGUCUCCCUCAAGAGAUGCCACACAUUACAGGGCCUGCUGUAAACAGAAACCUAAAACCGGGCCGACGAAAGACCAGAUUAGAUAGGAGGCCCAUGCCUAUGAAGCCAAAAGACCAUGAGUCUCACAGCAGACAGCUGAUGACAAGUGAAGAGGCUGACUCCAGUUUACAUUUAAAAGAGCCACAAACUACUAAAAGUGUUUCGGCUCAUUUAGCCCAUCAAAGACAUUCUCUGGAUUUGGAGACUCAUGACUUGGACAAAAGGGCACACCAUGAUUUUGAAAGUGUGCCGUCACAACGCCAUCAUCAUGAGUGGCCUCUAACCAAAGAAGACCAGAAUGAUGUUGUUCCAGUGGAGAAGCCAAAUACCUACUGUGAGGAGGACUGGUACGUUGGGGCCUUUAAUCGAACAGACGCCGAACACGCCUUACACCUGGUGAACAAGGAUGGGGCAUUUUUAGUCCGAGACUGCUCCAUUAACACCAACAGCGAACCCUUGGUCCUGGUUGUGUAUCACGAGAAGAAAGUUUAUAAUGUAAAAAUUCGGUUUGUUGAGGCCACCAGGAAAUUUAUGCUGGGAACCGGACAAAGAUCAAAUGAUAUGUUUGAUUCUGUAGCAGAGAUGAUCAAAUUCCACUCCAUAUUUCCAGUAACGCUCAUCAGUGGGAGAAACGCCGCUGGCACCAAAUAUCCAGAAAACUGCGUUCUAACCUGUCCAAUAACAAAAAGUGAUGUUGUGCAACUUCUUCAGUGA